CCGGGCCGAGGAGGCCGAAGCUCCCUCGGAGGCUGUGUUGGAGGAGGUGGGGCCGGCAAGCUCCAGUUGCUGGAGGAAGUGCCCAAGUGUACAGUAUGUGCCUAAUAAACAGCUCGGUGACCUUGGGUCACCGAAGCUCAUGCUUGCUUCUAUAUUGGGUUUAUGCCUGGUUUUAUUGAGCUCACAACUUCAGAAGUUAUAGGAGGAGACAGACUACGGAUGGAGGUCGGGGGCAGAGCAGCAGGAGUCCCAGGGACUGUCUCGUGGAAAUCAUUUCUUUGUUCUUUACGUACACUAAGCACUGCCUAGUUUUAUCAGAGGUCUUUCUGACUUACAUAUCCAAUGAGGUCAUCAACUAGCCAGUUUCCUCCGAACACACGUCCUGGUGGUGGAUAAUCUUCCCAUUCUGUCCGCCCCUUAGUAAAUCAGCAACCAAGAUGCUGAUUAAGGUCGGAAGGUUUCUGCCCCCCGAAGUAACCUGGAUCCAUGCCGAGUUACGAUUUCGGACCAGAAGAAAGUCAACAAGGAAACGCGGGGAGUUGUUGAUCUCUCGAUCAGGCAGCUGUUUGAUUAUUUUGAUACACAGAUCCAGAGGCGUGACAGCUGUCUGUUAGCGUCCUGGAACACCUAGGCCAGGCAAUCUGGCUGGCCUGGGUCGGGAAGUGAGUCACAGGAACGCAAUUAAGGGACACUUUGCCCGAAGCUCGUAUUCCCAAGGAGCCACAAAGACGAGAUGGAGUCGCAUCGCUGCCAGAGAGGCAGAGGAACGUGAAGCUAUCCUCGGCGGGAGGCGGCAGAGUGAGCGGACGCACAGACCCUCUCCACAGCCCGGAGCCCACAAAACCAGCCCUCCGACCCCUAGGGCAGAGGGAAAGAACCUGAUGUGAAAGCCAGGAAACGCAGAAACCGCGAUCUGCAGAGAAGGGGCGCAGGCGCCCCGGCCCAGACCACGUGUCUGUGUGUGUCAACAACUGGGGAAUCCAAACAAACUGCGUGGCCCCGCCCCGCGCCCGUCACGUGGCCCCGGCGGCGCGGGCGCUUCCGGGAGAGCGGGGAGCCGCGGCGCUAGUGCAGCCCGCCCGGCCGCGUGGACGCCGUCUGCUCCGCUGCUUUCUGGGCUCUAGCCGGGCCGGCCUCGCGGUCGCCAUGGCAGCAGGCUCCGAGGCCAGCGUGCCCCAGACCCUGGCGGCUGGAGCCGGAGGGGAGGAAGAAGGUAAGCAUGGCAAACCUUUUACACCAGAGAAGGCCAAAGAAAUCAUAAUGUCUUUGCAACAACCUGCGGUCUUCUGUAACAUGGUUUUUGAUUGGCCGGCACGACACUGGACGGCUGAACACCUUACUGAGGUCCUUGGUGGCAAGCAGAUCCGAUUCAGAAUGGGGCUGCAAAGGACUGACACAGCUCCGCAGUUUGAAACUACAUGUAGUUACGUAGAUGCCACACUCGAAGAGUUCCUGACUUGGAACUGUGAACAGUCUAGUCUUUCUGGACCGUUUGCAGACUACGAUCACUCCAAAUUCUGGGCUUAUGCUGACUAUAAGUAUUUUGUCAAUCUAUUUGAAGAUAAGACGGAUGUUUUCCAGGAGGUGAUGUGGUCUGACUUUGGGUUUCCUGGAAGAAAUGGACAGGAAAGCACCUUGUGGAUUGGCUCACUGGGAGCCCACACACCCUGCCAUCUGGACUCCUAUGGUUGCAACUUAGUAUUCCAGGUACAAGGAAGGAAAAUAUGGCACCUCUUCCCUCCUGAAGAUACUCCUUUCCUUUAUCCGACACGAAUCCCUUAUGAGGAAUCCAGCGUGUUCAGCAAAGUCAAUGUUGUCAACCCUGAUUUAAAGCGUUUCCCGCAGUUCCAGAAAGCUCAAAGACAUGUGGUUACGCUGAGCCCAGGACAGGUUCUGUUUGUUCCCAGGCACUGGUGGCAUUACGUGGAAUCCAUCGAUCCUGUCACUGUCAGUAUAAACUCAUGGAUUGAGCUGGAAGAGGACCACCUGGCCCGGGUGGAAGAGGCAAUCACCCGCGUGCUCGUGUGUGCCCUGAAAACCGCAGAGGACCCUCGCAACCCCAGGGCCUGGUUAAACCCGACGGAGGUUGAGGAAAUAUCCCACGAAGUCAAUUGUCACUACUUAAAUGGAGCCGUGUCUGCCUUCCUGGAGCAUCAUAGAGCAUCCAGGGAGACAGAAGGCCAAGCAUUGCAAACAAAUGGGAAGCACAGGAAAAAGGAAGAAUUACACAUGUGCAACCACGUGGAGGUAGAACAAACAUGUAGCCCAAACGUGAACAAACACAGAGCCACAAAACAGAAGGCAGUGGACCCUUUUGGCCCCAACUUGGUCGCUGUCACACUGCUAACCGAAGAACCACCGUCAGAAAGGGGAGGCGUAGUGGAAGGUGAUGGUAAAGGCUUUGUUGACAAGGAUGGAGAAGGCUUUGGACAAUUGCAUGGCACCAAGUGGGAACAAGUGCCGAGCAGAGGUGAGACCGUGUCUGCGGAACACGUGGCCUCCAGCAGCACCGCAGCCGUGACCGCAGCACUCGUGACUACUGACGACCUGCUGGACUGCGUGGUGAACCCACAGGUGACCAGGAUGGUGGCACAACUUCUACUACAAGGAAGAAAUUUGUGAUUCUGUUGGAUGACAUUUUAAAUAAUAUUUUAAAAAUAUAUAUUUUUAAAUAAGGUGAUUUUCAAAUAAAAGAGCAGCAAAAGGUCCA